AUGGGCUUCGGUUUGUUCUUGCGAGUCCAAAACAAUGAAGGACGAACUCAGCAUCCGAGUCAACUCAGGCUCCAAGAACCAGCGGCAGAGGCGCAAGAGGCUCUCGAAGAGGAGUCGCUUGCGAAAGUCGAGGCUGAUGUUACGAAAGAGUUAUCGCAUUCCCUAUUCGACGACCAAUUGGAGAAGGCCGUUGCAGAAGAGAUGUCGGCAUUCAAGGAAGAGUGGGAAGCGGAGCUCGACGAACUCGAGACCGAGAGCGUUCGUUUGCUCGAACAACUUGAUGGUGCUGGUAUCGAACUUUCGAGUCUGUAUAAGUUGAUCGAAAAACAAGUACCUAACGUUUGCUGCACCGAGUCAUGGAAGAAGACGACUCACUGGGUUGGAACUCAGUUGUCGCAAGACGCAAGCGACUCAGUUGCUCGGGCGGACGAGUAUCUGGAAAUCCAUCGACCCGUGAGAAGAAGGCACGGUAAGAUCUUGGAGGAGGGUGCGAGUGGUUUCUUGGGAAAGAAAAUCGAGACGUGUGCAAGUAGCGUAUCGGUAAAUGAAGAUACGGAUUCCGAUUGGGACUCGUUCAGCAAAAUGUGCUGUGAAAAGUCAACUCUGCAAGAUAUCACAUUCGGCAGCAAGCACUGGGCUUCCGUUUAUCUAGCCAGCACUCCGCAGCAAGCUGCUGAACUAGGUCUAAAAUUUGCAGGAGUCGACGAGGUGGAGGAGAUUGCUGAUGUUGACGGUGCUUCGAUCGAUCCAUUGACGGCCGAUGCUAUAGCAAACGAGACGGUUACGAGUCUGACUGAAGAGCAAAAGAGGAACUUUAGGAAGGUUAAAGAGGAAGACGAUGCAAAUGAUGAUCUCGAGGUUCGUAUUCGAACGAAACAGAGGAGAUUUAGGCCGCAUUGCAAAGAGGCGGAACUUUCCUCAAGUGUUGUGUCGGAGAAAAACCAGCUAGAUAUUAUUAGUGUGCGUGAGUUGGGGGAAAGAAAAAAGAAAAUUCGAAGAAUACUCGAUGAUGCUGAAUUAACGGAAGAAACCAAGAAAAAAAUUGCAAUCGAAAAGGAACGACAAGAGCGGCUUAAAUCUUUAGAGGCGGAAUAUUCUAUAGAAUCUCUUACACGGAAUUCCAUGGUCAAUAACGGGGUUUCUUUUGAUGGCGCCGGAAUUGAAAUGCCGGGCGAUACCGAUUCAGGCUACGUAAUAAACUUGGUGAGAGAGGAAAGUGAAGUACCUGUCAGGAUUCCUCCAAGCAUCUCAUCAAAAUUGAAACACCAUCAGAUUGCAGGGAUUCGAUUUAUGUGGGAAAAUAUAAUUCAAUCGGUGAGGAAAGUGAGGUCUGGCGAUAGUGGUCUCGGUUGCAUUCUUGCUCAUACGAUGGGGUUAGGCAAAACUUUUCAGGUCAUUGCUUUUCUGUACACUGUUAUGAGAAGUAUGGAUCUAGGAUUGAAAACUGCACUUAUCGUGACGCCUGUAAGCGUACAACAUAAUUGGCGACACGAGUUUAUGAAAUGGAAACCGUCUGAGCUUAAACCACUUCCUACCUUCAUGCUCGAAGAUGUCCCAAGGGAGAAAAGAGUUGAACUACUGACAAAGUGGAGAACUAAAGGUGGAAUCUUCUUAAUUGGUUACACGGCAUUCCGAAAUUUGUCUCUUGGAAAGUAUGUUAAGGAUCAAGAUUCCGCUAAGCAGAUCAGUGACGCACUUCAGGCUGGACCGGAUAUCCUCGUUUGCGACGAGGCUCACACGAUCAAGAACACCAAAGCCGACACAACCCAAGCACUGAAACAAGUCAAAUGCCGGAGAAGGAUUGCACUAACCGGAUCGCCUCUUCAGAACAAUCUAAUGGAGUACUAUUGCAUGGUCGACUUUGUUAGAGAAGGAUUUCUCGGAAGCAGCCACGAGUUUAGGAAUCGUUUCCAAAAUCCAAUCGAGAAUGGCCAGCACACAAAUUCUACUGCAGAAGAUGUAAAGAUAAUGAACCAAAGAUCCCAUAUUCUGUACGAGCAGUUAAAAGGGUUCGUUCAGAGGAUGGACACUAGUGUGGUUAAAAAAGAUUUACCCCCGAAAACUGUAUUCGUUAUCGCCGUAAAGCUAUGCCCUUUACAAAGGAAACUGUACAAAAGAUUUCUCGACGUUCAUCAUUUUACGAAGGACAAGGCGGCCUCCGACGAUGAAAAGAUAUUUAAAACUUCUUUCUUUGCUGCAUACCAGACGUUAGCUCGGAUAUGGAACCAUCCUGGAAUUUUGCAACUGUCGAGAGAAAACAAAAACCGAGUUAAAUACGAAGAUGUAGAAGAUUGUCUUGCAAACGACAGCUCGAGCGACGAGAAUACCGACUGCAACGUCAUCUCUGGAGAGAAGCUGGAUAAUCCUCACAGUAAAACCAAGGAUGCGCUUCCGAACGAGGAUUGGUGGAGCGAUAAUCUCGAGAAAAAUAGUUACGAGGAGGUCGAUUACAGCGGCAAGAUGGUUUUGCUACUCGAUAUACUGAGAAUGUGCUCGGAUAUCGGUGACAAGGCGCUCGUGUUUAGCCAGAGUUUAUUAACUCUUGACCUGAUUGAAUUUCAUCUCUCGAAAUCGCCCCUCUCGACAAAGGACGAAAAAUGUUGGAAAAAGGGCAAGGACUGGUACAGGUGCGUUAGACUACGUGUGCAAGUUGGAACGGAGUUUCCAAUUUCCGCCGGUUCCCGAUCUGAAAAGUUAGACGGAAAAACUGAAAGCUCGGAAAGGCAAAAACUGGUUGAGAGGUUCAAUGAACCGCUGAAUAAAAGGGUCAAGUGCGUUUUGAUAUCGACAAGGGCUGGAUCUUUGGGCAUAAAUCUUCCUUCGGCUAAUCGAGUAAUCAUAGUCGAUGGAUCUUGGAACCCGACGUAUGAUCUUCAAGCUAUAUUUAGGGUUUGGAGGUACGGACAAACGAAGCCCGUCUUUGCAUACCGAUUAAUGGCACACGCCACGAUGGAGGAGAAAAUCUAUAAGCGCCAGGUGACUAAAGAAGGCCUUUCGGCAAGGGUAGUUGAUAGGCAGCAGGUACACAGAACAAUGUCUAGAGAAGAAAUGUUGCAUUUGUUCGAAUUUGGCGACGAUGGAAAAAAUGCUGACGUAAUGCACGAGGUGCGACGAGAGCAGGUUGUGACAGAAUCGAGUACUUUGAAGCAGGAACUGCCACUUCAUCUUGGGAUUCCUUCCGACAAAUUAAUGCGGGAUUUGAUUAGCAGGCAUCAUCCCAGUUGGAUUUCAAAUUACCACGAACACGAGACACUCUUGCAAGAAAACAAAGACGAAAAGCUGUCGAAAGAAGAGCAGGACUUGGCUUGGGAAGUGUACCAGAAAACCCUCAAGUGGGAGGAGGAAGUCCAACCAGUACUCACUGCAGGAAACUGCGUACAGGAACAACAGCAGAAGAAGACUUGUUCAUCAUCGAGGCAGCCACAAAUGCUUGUCGCUAAAUAUCCGACCGAUCAAAAGCCAGUGCUUUCCAAUGUAGAACGGGCCAGGCGAAAAUGCAAUAAUCUCUCGCAUUUACUAACGUUGAGAAGUCAAGGCACAAAAACGGGAUGCAGCACAGUAUGUGGAGAAUGCGAUCAAGAAAUUAGGUGGGAGGACAUCAAGAAAUAACUAAACGUGUUAGUUUUCGAUAUAUUAAUGCUCCUACUAUUUUGUCUUUUUGCUUCAAUACUCGGGUUUUUGAGCUUCGGUUUUUUUGUUUGGUUCGGCCGAGUUUGUUAAAACCAGUCGUCUUUUGGUUUGUCGGAGGCUGUAAGAUUACUCCCACACAAGGAUUUGGCCCCAUGUAGAUUUUGAGGUGGCUAAUCCAUUUUUGUAUCUACUUAAAAACUUGUAUGUAAUAUUAAUAUAU